UCUGCACGCGCAGGGAGUGUGGGCGUGGCAUUUUGUUUUAGAAAAAAGCUAAACAAUCGUUAACCGUACCUUAGAAUAGUGGUAACACACGGAGAUCGAUUCAAGACAAUCCUGAUAAAUGUAUUUUAUUCCAGAUAUCUGCACUAAAAUCUAUAGAAAGCGGGUAAUCUUUCUUUAGUCCCCACUUGUCCGGUCCAACGAUGAAUUCUAAACGUCUGCUUGACAUGUCUCCUGUUGGAAUACGGGUCGCGGGCGCUUCGAAACAAGCCGGUAUUGACCAGCAUGCAGAGGGUUCCAAGGGACGCAAAAUUUGUGUUGCCGCCACUGCGGACAGCCGUGUCAUUCUGGCGUGCAAGAACGGUCCCGCAACAGGAGCAGUUCUCUACAAAUUCAUGCUGGAUGAUGGAUCUUUAAGAGAAUGUACAAGCCAGGACACAGUCCUCAAUGUGAAUGACCUGUCAUCAGGGAGAGAAAAAUAUCCCCACCUGAAUAAAGCAGGUUGUGGUGGGGAGGCAGAUGAAAGAAACAGUGGUCUGACUGGGAUCCUUACUAACGGCAGUCCCACACACUGCCUGAUCCGGAAAGGGCAGAAGGCGGACAGACACAUGCACUCGGAGGCGAGGACCCUGCUGGUGUCCAGCGGUUGCCAGGCAACAAACGGACAGCAAGUUCCACCUGAGGAGAGAGACCCCCACCCCUCCUCCCAAAUACCUGUCCCCCGACGCAGGAAACCUUCAGGUCAUGCUGAUAAGGAGGUAAUGGCUGCUACCGUCCUGACAUCACUGUCCACCUCCCCUCUGGUCCUCACCCAUACCCAGACAGCCUCAGCUGCAGUUCCGGAGCCAGCCAGCAGAGGGUGGAAGGAGGUGCUGUCAACUAGCUACAGCAGCUCCACCAGUGGCAACUGGAGCUGGGACACCAGCGACCAAUCAGUGCCCUCCACACCGUCCCCGCCUCUCUCCAACGAUGCCAGCAAGAGCUUCCUGCUCUCCUCCCAGGGUGAUAAUGUCAUCGACGACGUCAAAGAGAGCACGCACUUCUUGUUUGAGGACCCCAUACCCCGGAAGCGGAAGAACUCUAUAAAGGUGAUGCUCAAGUGCUUGUGGAAGAACUGUGAAAAGGUCCUCAGCACCUCUUCAGGGAUCCAGCGACACAUCCGCACCGUCCACCUGGGGCGGAACUGUGACUCGGACUACAGUGACGGCGAGGAAGACUUCUACUACUCAGAGAUCGAGGUCAACAUGGACAGCCUAUCAGAGGGCUUGUCCAGCCUCACACCCACCUCCCCCACCACUACCGGCCCUCCCCCCAUCUUCCCCCCUUUCUCCCCCGCUGCCUUUGUACCCCGCUCUGAGCCCUCCCAAAUCAUCGUGAGGGGACCGCAGGGUCACGCCCCCAGCCUGCUCAGCCAAUCAGCUCCCUCCUCGCUCUGCCAUAUCCGUACUGACCACGCCUACCAGGGCCCGUUGACUCACAUCCGCACGGUGAGCUUCGGGGAGAAGAGACAGCCUGCCCCUCACACACACACCACAAUCUGCAAGACACCCCCCUUUACAUCCCCCCUGCCCAAACCAGCACCAGGAACCAGGAAACCCCGUGGUGAUGCCAAAAAGUGCCGUAAAGUGUACGGCAUGGAGAAGAGGGACAUGUGGUGCACAGCCUGCCGCUGGAAAAAAGCUUGUCAGCGAUUCACUGACUGAACCCCACUACAUCACUGGGAUGGACUCUUCCUCUGCCAGCGCUUCACUGAGGUGGCAUCUACCACUGAGGAGAUGUGGGGGUUUCUCCGUGAUGAAGCCCCUCAGAGCACGUACUGCUUCCUCCUGACCAGCAGGGGGCUCUCUGCUCGCUUCUCCUUGUCCGCAGAUAGCUGAACUCACAAAACACAAAACUAACUGAUGGAAAAGGCAAAAAAAAUACAAAAAUCAAGAAAAAUGAAUGUGGCUUUGGAAGAAUUGUGUUUCUUUCUAAGGAUGAGACUUUUUAGGUAAUCAAAAAAAGGAAAAUAUUAUUCAAAACGUGAUUCAGAACCUUUUCGAUUUGUUUUGCAUUUUCAAAGUUUGCCUGCCUUCACUGUAGGGGAGUGGUUGAAGAUUUCAGAUAAGCUUUUUGGUCUUGUGUACUCUCAACACGUUGUUUUUUACUGGUCCAAGUAUCAUGGAAGCUACUGUGUUUGAGUUUACAAGAUCCUGAUACCGCUCUCUUGUCAUCAUUUUUCUUUCUCUUGAUGCAUCUCUGUUAAUGUUUUAUAACUAAAAACAGAUUACCUUCGGGGCGUUUAUUCAAAUGGAUUGUUUUCAAAUUUCAACUGUCACUCUUUUGAAACGGGCAGUAAGUCUACCAAAGGAAAAACGAAUCAGAUUGUCUAUCUAUUCUCUCAGAAUUUAGAUUCUGCUUAUUAAGACUCAAGCUUGUUCUGCUCUUCAUAUCCAAGUGUUAUGGAAUAACACAUCACAUGCUGUUAUGGGAAUUCAACUCAUAAACUCUAAUCAGUUUGUUUGGGAAGUAAAUAAUCCAUAGCUACUCAUCAUAAGCUUCCUGCUUUUUGCAUAGCUAUGAAACACACGUUCUUCCAUCUGGUGGCACCAAAUGUUACGUUUUGAAUCUUUAAAUUGUUCAAUGUACAUCUACAGUUUAUAAAGAGAUCUAUUUCCGUUUCUUCC